AUGUGGGAAUGUUGCGGCUCAGACAAGACUUCCUUUGCCAGCGAGACCUUUCCUGGUGGUGCCCCGUUCAAGCAGGGGACUUUCAAUCUGCAGAGAUAUCAAAUCAGCCCUGUGCAUCAGGGCUUCGACGACUACUGGGGCCCAUACGAUCUGUGGAAUUAUGUGUGUCGCAUACUCUCCGGGAAGGAUAUAUCGGUGAAGUCUGACUUGCCCAUCGUCCUGUCAGGACUGGCACGCGAUUUUGCACGUCGGCUUCUCGUCGAUGAUGAGUAUGUCGCAGGUCUGUGGAAGCUGGCAUUGCCCCAUAGUCUACUCUGGCAUACAGAUUACAUGAAGAUGUCAGACCGCGGUGGAGAUGGUUACGCCGAUGACAACGAAGAGCCAUACGUCGCGCCAUCCUGGUCUUGGCUUUCACAGGCUGGCUUCUCAAUCCGACCCCGUAGCCGGCAAGAUGCCUCACGCGGAAGAAAGUUUCCGACUACGACAGUAUCACGAAUUACGACAGAACUCCGCUUCGAUGACGACCCCUACGGACCAGUCAAGCCAGGCGCCCAGAUGGAAGUGGAAGGGGUCCUGCGUCGAAUCCAACUAACGUUCACCCAGGGCUCCGCUACCUCUCACAUUGCCGUGUUGGAUGAAAGAGACGACACAGACAGAACACAAGAAGAAAGAACGUAUCGAGACAUCGGGCCAACCUGGGAAGCAGAAGUCGGAGACCACGCAUUCCUAUACCUCGACCGCAUGCCAGAGGAUACCACUCUCUAUUGCCACUGCCUCUUGGUCAGCAUUCAGCCUCACGCAUCCUACAUGGGGUCGCGUCCUAUCAACGAGAGGACCAUCGGGUGUCUACUCCUACAAUACCUGGGAGACCAGUCUGAAAAGGACGCUGAUGGCGAGCCACUGCCGCGCAACCGUCGAAUCGGCACUCUGCACCUCAAAGAUCUGUACGCCUCGAAGAUGCGGUACACCUUUUCCGAGGAUGAGGAUGAGCCUUCUGACGUAACUUGGGAAGAUGCCCAGCACUUCAUCUACACAGUCCAGAACGCGGUUCAUCAGAAGGAAGAAAGGGAGAAAGACGAGCGCCAAGAAAAAUUAGACGGACAAUCCAAAAAGGGGGAGAAGGACGUGAAGGACACCGCGAAGACCGCCAGCGGAACCAGUACCUCGGAAACCCAGAAAGAUCCACCAAUGUCUACAGCAAAAACAGACACCAACGAAGACAGAGAGGCCUCAAGUCCCGAAGGCUCGUCAGAUACCCUUUAUCUAGACAGCUUAGCUACGAGAUACGGCCCACCGCAAGAGAACCUCGACCAGAUCCAGGGCGUUGAGGCGUUGUACCAGUUCGACGUGAUCCUAGGGACGGCCCCUUCUGACUUCGGUGCACUGGAGGAACUGGAGGCUAUGAAACUUCUCAUUGUCUGA